AUGCUGAAAUAUGGGAAAGCCGCAGGCAUAGGUAAUAUCACUGCUGAACUGCUAAAGGCUGGGGGUAAACUUAUGGCAUGGGACUUGCAAGCAGUCGUGACUGCCAUCUGGCAGUCUGCCUACAUCGACCUCCAGAAACCAUUUGACAUGUUUGCGGUGAGGACGUUGAAGUCACCGAGAACUUUGCAUACCAUGGUAGUGGAAACCAUAUCUCUGGGCUGUCAGAGUCUGUCUGUCAUCAAGAGCAUUUGGAGGUGUUUGCUGUUCCUCGACGUGACCAUGAUAUUUACUAAGCAUUAUUCUCAACUUACAUCUUCGUAUUGCAACCAACACCAGGGGUUUUGUCUUUGGCCACAAGACUGGAAGACCAGUAUCUACAUCCCGCUCCACAAAAAAGGCGACAAGAAGUUGUCUUCCGGAGGAGCAAGCAGGCUUCAGGACCAACAGAGGACCCGUGAUCACAUAGCAAACCUCCGCAGAAUUUUAGAGAAGUGUCAAGAGCAUCAUCAGACAGCAUACAUUUGGUUCAUUGACUACAGUAAAACCUUUGACUGCGUUGACCUUGCCAAGUUAGGGUGCGCCUUGAAAGAGAUGGGUGUGCCGAUCACCUCAUCGCUCUGCUCAACAGCCUCUACAUCGAACAAAUAG